AUGGAAACGUCCUCGGGAGAUGAGGAACCGGCCUUGGUUGCUCGCCAAACACUGUCUAGCACACAAUUCGUGCAGCAUGCGUGCCUCCAGGGCUUCCCUCUUUCCUUUUUACGAUUUCUCUCGGUUUCCCUUGUAAAAUUUCCGAUUUCCCACCGUUCUCUUUAUCGAUUCUUUUUUUGUGUGUCUCUUUCAGUUUUGAAUCACUAUGAUUUUUCGUUCCAUCCCUCCCUAGGACAAUUUUUUCUUGAAUUCUAAAUUAAUUUCCGAAGGGAUCAUAAAACCUCGAGUGAAAGAGAAGUAUUAGAAUCAAAUGUUUUCCAACAAAGUUUGAGUUAUCACUUGAGAAUCACUAAUAAGUUAAAUUGACCCAUUCAAUCAACUUGUAAGUAAAGGAUAGUCCUCUCUAUUACAUUAUAUUUCCUGUCGUUUACGAUAAAAUUGUUGCGUAGAAGUGGAGAGUCGAGUUGUGUUUGCUUCCGUUGGCGGUUCUCACAUGACUUGCCGGCGACUCGUUCCGGCCGCAGUGCUGAACCUCGGUUUCCAGGUAUUUUGGCGAGAAAUGUUGGCGACCGCGUCACCUGGAUAGACAGUCCCAGCAGGAUGAGCAUCAAUCCAUGCUGCUGCUGCACCGGCAAGGACAGCGCCAUCACCAUCGGCAUAUGGUCUUUGGUAAGUCUUUCUAUCCUCUCGUCUGUUGGGGUGUGAAUUAGCUUCAUGGCUAACUUCCGGAUUCUUCGUCAAAACUUGUACUUUUACAAUUUAUAGUGAUUUAAAAAUUUUCGAUUUACUCGGGAACGUUUCCCCCUCCCCCGGUUGAACUUCUGAUGAUACUUUGAUGAAGUGUACUUUAGGACCUCUUGAUUGCAGAACAAGAAGAAAAUUCUUCGCAAUAGAUCUAGUUUUCGAGUUUGGACGCUUCAAAAGCAUGGAAUAGCGCAUUUUCGGCCUAAUAUGCAUAUUUUGCCGACUUUGAAGGUUCAUUAAUCGAAAACGAGAUUUAUUGCGAGAAAUUUUUUUUUUCUGCAAUCAGGACGUCCUAAAGUACACUCAAGUAAAGUUUAAUCAAAAGUUCAACAGGGGGGUAAAAAACGUUCCCUAGUUAGCAAAAAACCUGAACCUCUUAGCAAAAAAAUUUAUUUUUCUCUAAUAUUUUAAAUUACAAAAUAAAUUUGGAUAAAGACAAGAACGCCAUUCGAGAACGAAUAAAUGAUAUCCUCUUUUAAUAUUUAAUCGACUUUUGCGAAAAAUAAGUUGGAAGAAUUUUUUUUGUUGGUAUAUCACAAGCUUGAAAAAGGUCGAUCAUGACUUUUUCAUCAGCUUCAAAUGGAAUUGUGGCAAAAAUGUAGGGGGUAUGAUUUCGAUAAUGGAUAAUUAAGAUGUUGUUAAUUUCCUGCUGAUUACAUGAAGCGAAAUUGAACGGGGUGACGGAGUCUAGGUGUAUUCGUUGGCGUCGUUGCUGCUGUUUGGCUGGCAGACGGGCGUACUCAAUCACUGCCGAGCGGUGACAAUGGCACAAGCCAAUCUGCAGUGCGAAUGGGACUGUCCCUGUGUCGGCGCCUCCUCCGCGAGAACCUCCAGUAUUAUCGAAGGCGAGUCCUUUCCGCCAAAAGCUAGAACAGUAUGGAGCUCAGUCGCGAGAAAGAAUUUUGCAAAAAUGAACUUAAGUGGGAGCAAUUUUUCAUAGAAGCUUAGUUAAGAUCAAUUUAUUUGAUUUUGAAGGUUCAAAACAUAUAUGACUCGUAAGCAUCAUAAAUUUGUACUUCAGAAUGUAUUUCUAGGUUCAGAGCUCACCUUUUUGAAUGAAAAAUUACCCCGCCAUUACCUCCAUUUCUGUUCAUUUUUGUGACCUACUUUCUGGUAUCUUUGGUGGAGUUGCGCCAUGCGGGACCGCUCGUUAGGUUUUUGCCUGUUUGCCAGCCAGCCAGCAUUCGAGUCAUUUCUGAAGAUUCAAGUUGCAAAAAAGAUCGAAAGCCCUUGGUUCGGGUUCAGGUCUCGUCGAUUGCGCAACUCGGCAUCAUGGGCUGGCAGAUGGCAGCGAUCAAGUACGAGCGGGACCGCGCGGCCAACACUCUUCUGCCAAACUACAACACUUAUGGACGGUUCGAUGUCCCUUCCUACUACGAGUCCUACUGGCAGAGUCCUGAGGAACGCUAUUACACAGGUCUUCUCGUUCAAAAGCAACCUGUCUUUCCGAUCAGAUCGAAAUUCACCGCCUAGUCAGUUACAUCCAUGACUACAACAAUAAAAUGACUGAUCGAUUCAUUGAAAAUAACUCAGCAUACAAGCUCCUUUUCCAAACGCUAUCCGAAUUUUCUUCCGCAGUAGCAGUACUUCCAUAAAUAUACUCAGGGUUUUUUUCUCGGUAGAAAUAUUAUCCAAAGUGAACAAACCGGCAUAAAAUUCCGAACUUUUCUAAUGAGGCUGCUGUUUCAUUGUAAAAAAUUUGGAUUACAACCAACUUUUUUGAAACCUAAAAAGUUUCAGAGAAUUUUGUCGGACUGAUUCAAAAAAAAAAAUGGGGCUCAUAUUGACGCCUAAAUGUUUUAAGUCUGUUACUGUAAAACUUCGUCUAACUGACUCAAUUGUAAACCUGAUUACAGGAUUAUUCGUCAUCCAAGUCUUGUGCUUGAUUGCGGCUUUUUUCCUUCUAUUCGCAUCGGCAGCCUUCAUAUACGGAGUUCAUACUGUGAGUACUGUUAUUUUUCACGUCGAAAAAAAUAGUCGAACUGUCGUUAUUAAUUUAUUGGCAGAACGAUUGAAAAAUUUUAACAUAGUUGAAAAAAAUGUCUGGAUUUAAAAACAUAUUUGAGAUAGUCUCGGUGGGACCUGAAAAGGGGAGGUGACUUGGCAAAAAUAUCGAGAAAAGGUGCGGGUAAUAAAUGAAAUUAGUGGUCACACGUAAAUUCCCUGUUAUCCCACCCUAAAGUUGGAUCAAGCACCCAAUUUUUCUGAAGUUUGUGAUUUAGUGGUCCAAGUACCUGAUCUGGCCUUGGUUCCCGUGCAUGAUAUCAUCGAUCCUCGCGACGCUGGCCUACUGCAUAAUGUGGUGGUGUGGGGACGUGCGCGACUAUUGGCUCGCCAUCACCAUCAUCGAAAUAAUCGUCGUCUUCGUCAACGUUUGCUCCUCGAAUGACAACUCAAGGGAUUUCUGAACAGAUCUACUGCGUUGUGGUGGCCAUGAUGUACUACCGUAGGGUCAACGCCACCACCGACGAAUAUGAAGGCAAGAAUCCGCGUGACGUCGUCUACAAGAUCAACCGGCGACAGGACCUUUUCGAGCCUUAUAGUUUGCUUCAGUCCCUUUCUGUCUAUCAAAACAAGCGAUUCAGCGUCAAGACGCCCUCCUGAGCCAAUCGUCAAAAGCGUGGUUCCCUACAAGCGUAUGUCUUUAUUCUCUUUUCAUGCUCUGCUAGUGAGGAUAGACUCAAUAGUUUGAAGUUUCUGUUUACUAUUUUCUCGAAGCUUACGAGCUUUUUUUUCUUUUCCCAGAGAAAAGUUUCUUGCGAAAAAUAAGAGUUUUCAUGGACCAUUUUUCUUCAGCAAUAGCUCAGCCUUACCCUGUGUAUCCAGCAGCGCAAAUGUCGCCCUAUUCACCGACAGGAAUGCCGCAAACGCCACUUCCUCUUCCUCCCAAAUUCGUAAACACUCCUUAUCCGCUAGACCCCAAUGAAGUUGCCUCUUUACUUGUGAAGAAAAGUAUCUUUGUUUUCAACAGGUUCGAUACGAGAGAGAACCGAGGCCGAAGAGAACGCCGACUGUCUACGACGAGGGCGAUCCGGUAGGAAGCUGGGUGCGCGAGCAGCAGCAGAUUGGUUCGUUUUUCCUAGUUGAUGUCUCUUCUUGUUGGCUUGUGGUGGUAGAUGACGUGAUAGGCUUUUUUGAACGAUUUGCAGUUGCUCAUGUGAGUUCCUGAAAGGUUGAAGGUUCGGAUAUGUAUCUUCUGAAGUCUGUGAAAAAAGACAAUCGUUGAUAUUGAAAAGAUCUACUACAUUGAGGAUGCUUGCAAAAAGUUUUCUAUCCAUGAUAUUGCGUUGAAAAAAAAAGUAAUUACAUUAUCCCGGCUCUAACCAAACAGCAACUUUUUCACUCACCUCAAAAGCUGUGAUUCAUGAGCUAGGGGACAAAAAAAAAUGUAAUGUCUACUACUAUUUAGAGGUUCUGUGUGAUUUUUGUUGGUGCCUUACCCCAAUAUCAUAUUUCUUCAUAGGAUGAAGUACCUAUACUAUACUAAUACCUAUACUGCUUUUUUUAGAAUUAUUUUUGAAAAUGAGUUUAACCCUAAUAAGUGCGACAAAAUAUGUUUUACCACAGAAAGAAAAACGGAUGCUCGCUUCCGAAGCGUGUAACGUUCAUAAAUCUCCAAAAAUAAAUGUUGAUCUAUAUGAAUUUUUUUGUUUUUUUUCUGUGGUUUUUUUGUGUUUGACGUCCAGAUAAAAUUGAGGAGAAGCUGUGAGUCAUUUGAAGAAGUUACUUGACAACGUGUAUCAGCCCUGAGAAGUAUCAGAUUGAGUCAUCGCUUGUCUCAAAAAAACUUUGAUCGUGACAUGAUGUUUUUUUUCAACAUUCUUCACCUAAUUUGUUGAAAACAUUCCCAAAUAGUGCCUUAAAGGAAAAGUUGACCUGCCGCUAAGUUUCCUAGUUUUUCUCUAAUCGCAUGCCGUGUUCCGAGAGGCCUUUUUCAGCGUUGCUUGCAGACCGACGGUCGGUCGGAGAAGCCAACAGCGAGCCAAUUUCGCCGAGUCGCGAGGUUCACGCGACGACCUACCCGAUUCAUCAUUCGCGGUCAGUUCCGUCGCUCUAUGACGCCAAUCUCGUCUCCCACAAGGACUGCCUUCACACCAGGGACCGACAUCGGUCAGUUACACUCCUUUUCCUGUAGAUUAUCUUUGCGCCGUUCGCGCGAAACACAUAACACAUGAAAAAUGUAAGCGUUGCAGAAGUUCUUCGAGGCAUCGUCACCGUUCACGAUCGCGGAAUAGAUUCGAAGAUUCCACUGCUUAUUCUUCUGAAACAGACCCUACAGGUUCGGAAGAGAGUAACUUGAAAUCCUCAUGGAAGACACUUAGAGUUCACGCGCCAUCGGAGAGAAAGCAGCCGAAGAAGGCACCGCAGUCGACCCAAGUAUGAGGACACCGAGUACACGGCCGACUCUGACCAUGAACGGCGUCGAUCUAAAAAGUAAAUCUUUGAUUUUAAUUGUACUUUUGUCUUUUAAGGCACGGUAGCUCCCGAGACAGCAAGCGUCGAAAAGAAGGCGAGCGGAGGAAAAAAACCCGCGACGACGCCGGAAGUGAAAGACGUCGCGAUGACGUCUCUGAACGGGAUAGUCAACGCCGAAGACGUCGUCACGAAGAGAAGUUUGUUCUGGAUGUUUCUUCUUUCAUGGAGACUGAAAAGAAUAAAAAAAAUAAUGGAUAUCUGUCUGAUGGGAGUGACCAGACACGUCACUUGUUUUAGCUCGAAAAAAAUACUCUUGUUUAGGGAACUUUUUUUCUCGUUUAACUUGAUUUUGAACGUGUCCCUAAUAUUCUUGAGGACUCAUUUCACAUAUAUUUCAAUAUAUUUUUCUGUAUUUCAGCUCUCUUGGAUUAAAAAAACGGAAUAUUCAUACAUUUUAAUUAUAUGAAAAAAAUUUGUAAAAAGAAGAAAAAUCGAAAAACUGAACUUAGUGGGAAAAAAAUUAAAUUUCUCCGUUGUCUCAACCUUCCUUUGAUCCGUAAAAUAUGUUGCAAAUUUCAAGUCUAUGGAUUCUUAGAAAAUCUCCGCAAGGUUCACAUUUCGACCGUAAUUCCUGUACAUUUUUUCAACGCACUACUUUCAGGUCAGCCAGUGAGCUCGGCGGAAAUCCUUUCCCAUUGAACAACGGCUUCGCCAUCCCAACGCAAAUCGUGAUUCCCCCUUCAAGGGGCGAACGGGACGCCAACGGCCAGCCGCUGCCGCAAAAGGUGCAGAUCAACUCGGAAAUCACCAUCAACUACGACCAGAACGGAGUUCCGAUCUCGCAGUCUGUGCCCGCCUUCUCCCAUGACCAGGAGCCCUAUCGUCGACAUCCAGUGAGUCUUUGAGGAAUUCACUGCAACCGGAAACAGUUAAAGACUACAAACAGACUCAUUUGAGUCGUUCCUAAACGAAGAUUUCUCGGUCCCAAAUUAUUAUUAACAAAUCCAGUCCACAAGCUUAAUCAAACUUUUUUUUUCAAGCUCGUCAGAGGUACAGUAGCGAAAAUGGACGAGUAUUUUUUGGGUGUUCAUCCGUAACUUUGUUAAAAAUAAUCAUCCUGACCUGAAAUUUUUACCUAUUAAGUAAAAUGAUGUUAUUGACGAUUUGAAUUGAGAUUUGAAUCAAUUCCAUAAAAACUUUUUUAACAUUCAUCAAAAUAAAAAAAAGUAAUCAAGAAAUAGAAAUUCAACAAAACCAGUAAACCAGUAUAGAAGACUGCCCUUUCAAACAAUUAAGAAAAAAAGUAACUCCGUAGCACAGCCUUUGGAUUUUAUAACAGCCUUGUAUAUUCGGGCAUCGACUCGAUGAAUGUGUCCAACACACUCCGUGGGAUCUUCUUCCAAACUUUUCCGAUUUGCUUUUUUGAAACUUCAGAUCCAAAUAAUCCUUUUUAAAAACAAACUUUUUUGGAAUGUCAGGACAAAAUAAUUUUUUUUAACAGAAUUGUGAACGAAAAACGAAAAAAAAAAUACUCACGCAUUUUCGCUACUGUUUAUUAUUUACUGAUCUUGAAAGUUUUUGUGAUGAUUUUUUUAGCUUUUUAUCCUCGAAAAAGAUACUUUUUAAGAUCCAGUCAAACGUCUGA